CCGCCGGUGACGUCACAAGUUUAUUGAUUUUACCUCGUGUCAUCCUUUCUGCAAGUUUAUUGUAGGGAAAAACAUCAUCACAGGGCGUUCCUGCAAUGUACAAGCUACUUUUUCUUGUUCUGGCGACUAUUCACCUCUGUUCAUCCUCGAGGGUCCUCGAGCUGAGUGACAGAUUUCUUGAGAUCAAGAAAGAAGGCCAUUGGCUUAUCAUGUUUUAUGCGCCGUGGUGCGCCCAUUGCAAGAGGCUUGAGCCAGUUUGGGCGCUUGUCGCUCAGUCCCUUUACAACACAAACAUACGCGUUGGAAAGAUCGACUGUAUUAAAUACCCUUUGAUCUCGACGCAGUUCAGCAUCAAUGGAUUUCCUACUAUCAUGUUUUUGAAAGGGGAUGAGAAGGAAUUUGUUUUUCAUGGGGAGAGGACGAAGGAAGAAAUCGUGCAUUUCGCCCUCAGGCUGAAUGGGCCGCCGGUUCAGCAGAUAACACGGCACGAGAGCAUCGACACGCUCAAAGCUUCGCAUAAAAUUUUUUUUGUUUACGUUGGAAAGUUUGAAGGAAGCCUCUGGGAAACGUACUACGAUGUCGCAGAGAGAUUCCAACCGUUUAGCUUUUUCUAUGCAACGGCGCCUGAAAUAGCAAGAAAGCAUGUCACCUUGAAAGAGAUUCCAACGGUGUUUGUCUAUAAGGAAAAUAGCCAUUAUAUUUUUGAGGUUGACAAAGGAAUGUAUAAUGAUAGGAUGAACCUGAAUGUCAGCCUUUCAGAAUGGGUCAAUGCUGAAAGGUUCGGCACUUUUGUGAAAAUAACCCGCGGCAAUAUACACCAGUACAGACAGACGAACAAAAAUCUAGUCCUGGCCGUCGUUGCUGAAAAUAAACUUGAGGAAGUGCCUGAAGAAAUGGCAAUAUUCCGUGAUAUGAUAAAAUCUGUGAUAGUCAACCACAGGGAUCAGUUCCACAGGUGGUUCCAGUUCGGCUGGAUCGGGAGUCCCGAGUUGGCAAACAGCAUAGCCAUGACCGAACUGCCUUUGCCGUACCUUAUCGUCGUAAACUCGACUACGAACCACCAUCACAUACCAGAUGACGAACCCAAAGUGCUCAACGUCGAGAACGUCAAGCUCUUCCUAGAUUCUAUACGGAAUGAAUCUGCUCCUUGCUAUGGUGGUAACUCUCUGCCGAUUCGGCUUUACCGGACGUAUUUCGAGGCGAGAGCGUCACUCGCCGAAAUGUGGAAGGGCAACCCUGUUCUGACGGCUGUUCUCUUCGGCCUUCCACUUGGCUUCCUCUCAUUAAUAUGCUAUUCAAUCUGUUGUGCUGACAUCCUAGAUGCAGAUGAAGAAGAGGAAGAACCUUUACUUAACGAAUUCUCUCAUGAGAAGAAAGAAUAAAACUUUUGUGCCUCAAAGGCAUACAAAUAGCUAGUCACUUCCAAAGAAA